GACGCGCACUGAAGCCAAACUCAGGACGGGCGGAAGCAGGCCUGGCGGGCUGGGCGGCGGGAACGCAAGGCGGACUUUUAAAGGGACCUACCUGUUCGUCCGCGGGCACUGCUGAUGGUGAGGGCCGAGUGGCCCCAAGAGUCGGUAUCAAGGAGGUAGAGGAGAAACAGGGCUGUGUGACCCCUCCCGGAGGGUGCCCAGCCAUGGCCAGACCACCCGCCCCGGGCUCGGUGAUUGUCCCAGACUGGCACGAGAGCACCGAGGGCAAGGAGUACCUGGCCUGCAUCCUGCGCAAGAACCGCAGGCGGUUGUUUGGGCUGCUCGAGCGACCAGUGCUGCCCCCGCCCAUGGCCAUUGACACGGCCAGCUACAAGAUCUUCGUGUGUGGGAAGAGUGGCGUGGGCAAGACGGCGCUGGUGGCCAAGCUGGCUGGUCUGGAGGUGCCCGUGGUACAUCACGAGACCACUGGUGAGUCCAUCCUGGAAGGCCUUCUCUGGGGUGAAGAAAAGACUCUGGCGCUGGACUGCACACAUGGCAUCCAGACCACUGUGGUAUUUUGGCCGGCCAAGCUGCAGGCCAGUGACCGUGUCGUCAUGUUCCGCUUUGAGUUCUGGGACUGCGGGGAGUCUGCGCUCAAAAAGUUUGAUCACAUAUUGCCGGCUUGCAAGGAGAAAACAGACGCUUUCCUCUUCCUCUUCUCUUUCACCGACCGUGCCUCCUUUGAAGACCUCCCUGGACAGCUGGCCCGCAUGACAGAUGAAGCCCCUGGUGUCGUCAGAAUGGUCAUCGGCUCCAAAUUUGACCAGUACAUGCACACAGACGUGCCCGAGCGUGACCUCACAGCCUUCCGGCAGGCCUGGGAACUGCCCCUCCUGCGGGUGAAGAGUGUGCCAGGGCGGCGGCUGGCAGAUGGGCGCACACUGGAUGGGCGGGCUGGGCUGGCCGACGUUGCCCACGUGCUCAAUGGCCUGGUGGAGCAGCUGUGGCACCAGGACCAGGUGGCAGCUGGCCUGCUCCCCAACACCCCAGACAACACCCCCAGCUGAGGUGUGGUAGCGUCCUGAGCCGGCACCUGUGAUCCCUACUCCUGACCCUCAGGUGACCCAGGGCAGAGGGCAGGACCCAGGGCCCAGGGCUGGGGCAGGACUAUUGAUUUUAGCUAAGGACAGGCCAGAGGGGCCUGGUCAGGGAGAAUGGUGGCCUGCAAAGGCUCUGCCCCAGCAGCACUUUCCUUGCAGAAUUCUUGGCAGUGAAGUGGGGCAGUGGUUUGAGGCCCACUGGCUUCUCCCUCCGCCCUGGGAGUCUAGGCUCUGGAAAUUGAGGAACUGCAUGGGUAGGGCCCAGGACUCAGGCAUCUCCCACCAUCUCCUGCUGUCCUUCCCCUUCUGCAGCACCCAGGGAGGUUGACUGGGGAGAGGGGGUGCCCCAGCAGGGCCCUCGACCUCAAGUGACUUCAAUCAAGAGCUUGUAUUAGUUAAGGUAACACCAUCUGCUGUACCAGAUAAACCCUGAAAUCUCAGUGGCUUAACUCUAUAAAGUUUUUUUCUUAUGUCUUACCUCAAG